UCAGUGUCAUUCAUUCAAGGUGUAUAAAACGUUUUGUUUGGGAUUGGGAUUGAAUUUGCAUUUAAUUUGCAGUGAUUUCGUUCGCGUGCCCGUGUCGGCUUAAAGCCCUUCUGAAAGUAUUUCGUGAUUUCAUUUUAUAAUAAGUACAUGUGCAUUAACAGUUUACAAAAAGUGAAAGUAUUAAAUACUCAGAACUUUAAGUUUGUGCUAAUUUAACCAAAACAGUGUUUAGUUUUUAUAGGUUAAGUAUUGAUUAUAAGAGAAAAUGAAUAACAGCAGGCCGUGGAAUCGAGGUAAUCGUGAUCGUAAUAUGAGACGAGGGUUUAGGGGUGGCCGCGGGGGCAACAGAGGAUGGUCAGGUAACCACAGAGGCUUCAAGCCGCACAUGGGGAACUUCGAUGGUCAGGGUGGUGGCCCAAAAUAUCAAAACAAUUACUCAGGAAAGAAGGGCGUGUGGGUAAAGAGAGAUACCCCCGGAAAGAGAUUGUCUGAAGAAGAUAUUGGUGUGACAGAAUAUAUAAGUAAACUGCCAGGAUUCAAUGGAAUUAUUAAAUCAAGAUAUUCAGAUUUCCAAGUAUCAGAAAUAAACGAGCAAGGUGAGAUAGCCCAACUGACAUGCUUGAAGGCACCGCCUGCCCCUGAAGAGGAAGCCGUAGUUGAGGAUGAGUACCUGCUCCUCACGAAGUACAACCUGGAGAUACUGCCCACUGAGACGUGGGAUAAGAUUAAUAACUUGGCAGUCAGUAAAGAUCCUGAGCCGGACUGCGUUGAGAUUGACAUGGAGGGCGUAACUAAGGAGCAGAGAACUAAGAUCCAUGAUGCAGUCAAAAAGGCUUUCGGAGACAGUAUAGUUGGUAGCACCGUCAAUAUUGAAGACAAGAAGUUGAUGAGAUUCCAAAAGUUCAAGAAAGGAGUGCGCAUAGACAACAGAGUGAAGUGGAUGUGGCCAGCAGAGUAUGUGCAUUUCAUAGUGCACAAGGAGAAUUGUGACACAAUGGAUGCUGCCGUACGGAUUGCUGAGCGAAUAGGAGUGCACGUGAAGCCAUCAAUGCUCGGCUAUGCUGGCACAAAAGACCGUCGCGCGAAGACUUCGCAAUGGUUCAGUGCUCGUCGACUGGACCCCAACCGGUUUGUGGCAGCCACGCGGUUCCUGAAGGACAUACAUGUUGGCAACUUCUGCUUUAAAGAUUAUAAUCUCAAGUUGGGGAUGCUGCAGGGAAACAGAUUCCGCAUCGCUCUCCGCAACGUGACAGCUUCAGAUGAAGUAGUGGAUGCUGCGUGUAAGCAUCUGCAGGAACAUGGGUUCAUCAAUUAUUAUGGUCUUCAACGGUUUGGGUCCAGGGUCGAUACCCCGACGUAUAAUAUCGGCUUGAAGCUGCUGCAAGGGAAUUUUAAGGAGGCAAUCGACAUGAUACUCGAGUACCGGGCGGGUCCACUAGAAGAAGCUCUCCAGCUAUACGCGAGCGCGGGCGCCGCCGCCGCCGCGCGCGCGCUGCCGCGCCGCGCCGCGCACAGCGAGGCGCGCCUGCUGCGCGCGCUGGCCGCCGCGCCGAGAGACCUGCUCGGGGCGCUGGGAAAGCUAGCCCGCAACACUCGUCUCCUGUACUUACACUCGUUCCAGUCUCUAGUGUGGAACCGUAGUGUAUCGGAAAGAUUGCGGCGCUUUGGUCUCAAGCCGGCGGUCGGCGACCUCGUGCCACUCGUGAAAGUUGAUAGAGACGACGAAUUCGAAGACGAAGAAUCAGAUUCCGAAGAAAAUCAAACAGACGAAAAUCAAUCAGAAAAUAACCAAAACGACACAAGCACAGAUGAAACAAAACAAGAUGGCGACGAUAAACCAAAGGACGUAACCGACACAGAAACUAAUCAAUUCAAAGAUAAUAAACAAAAACAGGAAGAGAAACCGAAAAUACCAGUGAAGGUAUUAACGCAAGAAGACGUAGAUAGUGGCAAAUAUACUGUGUUUGAUAUUGUUAUGCCACUUCCAGGGUAUUCUGUGGAUUACCCGCCGAAUAUGAAGGAUUUUUAUGAGGAAGAGCUUAAGAAAGUUGGUCUGACGCUGGAAAUGAGGCAUAAGAUUAAGAGCUACAGCAUGUCAGGCGCAUACCGUCAUAUAUGCGUGGUGCCGCGUGACGUCACGUGGCGCUGCGUGCGCUACUCGCAGCCCAGCGCAGACCUGCUGCUGUCCGACUUGGAGAUGAUGAGGCAGGAGACGCUGUCGGGGAUCAUUGAAGACGGCAAAUACAAAGCCCUACUCCUAACACUGACGCUUCCAGCGAGUUGCUACGCCACAAUGGCAUUACGGGAGCUCCUCAAAGUUGACACAUCCAGUGACAACCAGGCUUCACAGAAUAACUACCACAAAACACCCAGUUCUACGGAAACCAGUGAAAGUGGGGACAAAUCCAAGAUGGAAACCGAGAGUGGGGACAAAUGCAAGGCAGAGUCCGAAAGUGCGGAUAAAAUGAAAGAGGAGUCUGGGGAGAAACGGAAAAUAGACAGUGAGACUGUAGAUGCCAAGAAACAGAAAGUAGAUGAAUAAAAGAUUUUUAUUUUAUUUA